AUGGAGCAUCCUGCUUUUUCUGAUGCCGGUUCUUCUCCCGGUAUAGAAAUAUGGGGCAUCGAUAAAUUUGAACCAAUGGCUGUAGACGCUAAGAUGUAUGGAAAAUUCUUUAAUGCAGACUCUUACAUUGUACUGAAGACAACGGGCGACAAUAAGACGCCCUACUCCUAUGACGCUCACUUCUGGCUGGGCGGCAAGACCACGCAGGAUAAGAAGGGAUCCGCAGCUAUCCUGACCGUCACCUUGGACGACAUGCUGGGCGGGAGAGCGGUGCACCACAGAGAGGUGCAAGGCCAUGAGUCCAGCAAGUUCCUCGGGUAUUUCAAACCAGCCAUCAGAUACCUGGACGGCGGCACGGAGUCAGGCUUCAACCAAGUGGAGAUCAAUGCUGGUGCGGAGAAGAGGCUCCUCAAGCUAAGUGGCUGCAACAACAUGAGGAUCGAGGAGGUACCAGCUGAAGCCUCCUCUCUCACCAAGAGCCACUGCUUUAUCCUGGAGGUAGACCAUGAUAUCUUCGUCCUGAUGCCUGAGGGUGCUAAGGCUCUUCAGCGGAGGAAGAUCAUCAGCGUCGCCAAUGAUCUUAGAGACGAUUACCACAACGGGAGAGCGACUAUUGAAAUUAUUGAUGAGUUCUCAUCAGACGAUGAUUUCAGCCAGUUCUUCGAGGCUCUUGGCUCCGGCUCCAAAGAUGAGUUGGCUGAGGAUGACUCCACCACGACAUACGCCAGGGAUAGUAUGACGGAGGUGUACUUGUUCAGGGUGAUAGCUGGUGACGAAUUAGACCUGGUGUCACUCAGCAAGCCGUACAAGCAGGGAUCUUUGUCUUCAUCUGAGGUAUAUAUACUGGACACGCCCUGCUCAGGAGUGUACAUAUGGAUCGGCAAGGAUGUGGACGACGACACAAAGAAGAACUACAACGACAUCGUCCAGAAAUACCUGGACUCGAAGGGGUACCCUGACUGGGUUCAAGUGACACGCGUAUCUGACGGUAUCGAAUGUUCCAACUUCAAGCAGUACUUCCACAACUGGGACACCGUCGUUGCUGGCAGCCGUUCUGCAGUCGCCGAAUCUGAUGCCGGCUACUUCUCUGCUGAUGCUGAGGAGUCGCAAGCAGCCGCCAAGCAGAUAGGCAAGAGUGCAGCUGCCAGGGGAUUCAUGCCAGACAACGGGGAAGGGACCCUCACUGUCACCAGGAUCGCAGGAGACCAAGAAGACUUGUCCGAGUCUUUCCAAUCGGGCGUGGCCAUCCUCUACCAGACUGAGGCGUACGUGUUCAAGUAUCAAUACAGCGACGCUAAUGGCGAAGAUGCGUACAUACUGUACUAUUGGAUCGGUGCAGAAGCCAGCUCGGAAGACAAAGCUGCUGCGAAGGAGUUGGUCUCCGAGAUGGAGAAGGAGUUGGAAGGAGACGUGACCGUAGUGAAGGUGCCGCAAGGAAAGGAGUCCAAGCACUUCUUGAACACUUUCAAAGUGGUUUGUACGCCGGGUUUCAUGGUGUCGCCGACUCGAGAGGGUUCGAAUCCCAGUGGGGGCAGAUGUUUGUGUGAUUUAAACGAGCAUUUGUACUCGAGUCAUACCAAGGAGACGGUAUACGUGUGGAAUGGGAAGGACUCGAAUACAUCCGAACAAGAAGCUGCCCUAAAGUUCGUGGAAACUGUAGUGAAGGAUAAGAAGGAUAUAGUGACGGUGGACCAGGGAGAUGAACCCGAUGAGUUCUGGGAAAUGCUGGGCGGUGCUCCAGAAGAGUCUGAAGAAGGCACCCGCUCGGGCUGGAAGGCGGCCGUAAGCCGUCGCGUCACCACUGACUGCAGCCUAACCGCGGUCAGUCUGUCUAUCGCUGGGAAGAUUGGAUUCGAGGAGUCAGGGCCUGACUUUACUCAACAGGACUUGUCUGAUGAUGGUGUCUACAUUCUGGACACUGGCGAAGAGUUGUACUUCUGGCUGGGCAAGAAUACCCCAGAGAGAGUGAAGGCGGCCCGGGAGAAUAUUCUGAAGGAGUACAUAGAGGACGACGGGCUGGACCGCACCGCUGACAACGCAGUAAUGGUGGUCGUGAAGCAGGGCAAGGAGCCGAAGGUGUUCCGCCGUCUGUUCCCCACGUGGGACGUAGAUAUGUGGGACAAUCAAACUUCAUACGAAGACAUCAAAAACGAAGCAAAGGCAUCAAACCCAAAUUAA